AUGGUGCCACCUUCCGUUCCCACUUUACCUACUAUGGAUGAUCUACUUAAAGAUAUUUGUGAUGGAUGUUGUCUAGCAGUUAUUUUACAUUUUUAUGCCCCAAAGUUACUUAAUAUUACAGAUAUUUCCAUUCAUCAAAAUAUGUCAUUUGCGGAUUCUAUCUACAAUCUUCAAGUUAUUAAGAGUUUCUGUACAGAAUAUAUCCCUGGAUUGUUUGCACUAUCCUGUGAAGAUCUGCUCUAUACUCCUCCUCUAUUAAAAACUAAUAUAAUAGUGAUGUUAGCUGAACUGUUCUGGUGGCUAGAAACAGAGCGACCAGACUGGGUUCAACCACAAGGAAUGAAAAUAGAACGAAUUCAAGACAAACCUGAAGCACAAAGACCACCCAGUGGAAGUCGAAUAGGAUUUACACGAAGUAGACCUCUGCCAAUCAGUAGUGUCACUAAACGAAGCUUCCAACCUCCAGUGUCUCCGAGUCAGUUAAAAUCUAGCAACAGUAAUCCAGAAAUCAACAAAGCAGUAUCCAGUUACGUAAUUUCUGAUAAGCAUAUGACUGCAGAAGGCGCUGUGGCUGCUGGAAUACCGAUUGUGCAAGAUGAGAAUGCCCAGCCGCAUACGCAAAGAAGAUUGCUGAGAAACCACAUGGGAAUCCCCAUCAUCGACAAGCAGGUAGAGACAUUUUAUCAGACACUGUUACAAAUAGCUUGA